AGGUACAAGGGCAGUUGUGUAUGCAGGCAGCAGGGCAGGUACAUGGGCUGCAGUGAAUGAGGGUAGGUAUAGGGUCAGUGGUCUAUAAGGACUGUGUGUGAGGACAGCCGGGCAGUUACAAAUGCUGCUAUGUAUGAGGCAGUGUUGUAUGGCGGCUGGAGGGGCUUCCUCUCCGGGGGCUGCUCUGCACAGCACUAGCAACAAGGUGAACACCCGAGAGACGCCCUGAGAAAUGAACUAUAAACUUCGAGACUGAAGUUCGGAGAAGAGACAACGCAGCCCUUCCGGAGGAGGAGACAUCGGCCUCACCCAGCGCCCGAUAGCGAGGAGACCCGCACAAGGACGGGACACCUGCACCAUGAUCCAGAGGCAGCUCAAUCGUAUGCGGCAGCAGCUGGUCCCCCACGGCCCCGGCAGAUCACAAGAUGUCACCGACCUCCUGACUGAGGAUUUACUACCUGCAGAUCAGCAGGUAGACAUUAUGAAACGCGUGGCUCAUCUUGUUGGAAAGCGUCUGGCAAAUUGUAUGCAAGGUCCAGCAAGCUCUGACAUGGAUAAGAGGCUGAAAAAACUUGCUUUGAUGUCUCUGUCCUUAGCCAUGGCUGAUUGUAUGAAGGAAAUAGAGAGCGAGUCGAGUCUGAGGAGGACUCUGGAGAUGGGCUGCUGUGUGGAGGGAUCUCUGGCUCAGACACUGGCAGAGUAUGAAAUGAAUAUGGAAAGAGACGUCCUGCAGCCAUUGAACAAGUUAAGUGAGGAAGAAUUACCCACAAUUCUAAAACACAGGAAACAGCUACAAAAACUCCUGACUGAUUGGAACAAUGCAAAAACUAGGCUGCUUCAAGCCCAGAAGAAUAUGUCAGGCAGCCCUGGAAGUAGUGGCACCAUUGCUCCACCCAAGCUGGAGAGUCUGAAAGAGGAAGAAGAGGAGCUGAGAAGGAGACUUGACCAGAGCAAGGAUGAUUAUUUAUCUGAUCUUUAUCAGUUCAGUUCCAAGGAGCCUGAAUAUGAAAAUUACUUCAUUCGGUUUCUGGAACUGCAGGCAGAAUACCAUAAAAAGUCCCUGGCUCAUCUGACUGAAGCACUUGGGGAGCUAAGAGACACUUUAAAGGAGAGUGCGCAAAUGCCAGUGAAACAGCCAUCUGCAGAUGUGUAUGGACUUCCUCUGACAACACACCUUUCCCGGUUUAAGUGUGAAAUUGCUGUGCCCAUAUCUGCGUGUGUAAAAUUACUGCUCAUGCAUGGAAUGCAUGAAGAGGGUCUAUUCCGAUUGGCUGCAGGAGCAUCCGUCCUCAAGAAACUGAAGGCUCGCCUUGAUGCAGGCGCCAGUGAUCUGAGUGAAUUCAUGUCUGAACCUCAUGCAGUUGCAGGUGCGUUAAAGUCAUAUCUCCGUGAGCUUCCAGAGCCACUGAUGACAUCAGAACUCUUCAAUGACUGGAUGAAAGCUGCCAGCAUCAAAGAUACAGAACAACGUCAGGAGAGUUACAGGGAAGUUCUCCAGAAGCUUCCCACUGAAAACUACAACAACCUCAGGUAUUUAAUAAAGUUUCUGGCAAAGUUGGCGGAACAUCAGGAAGUGAACAAGAUGACCCCUAGUAACAUAGCGAUUGUGCUAGGUCCCAAUCUAUUAUGGGCUCAUAGUGAAGGUGAUCCAUCUAUAAUUGACAUGGCUUCUGCUUCCCCCAUCCUGGUAGUGAAUGUAGUUGAAGGAUUGAUAAGUUGUGCUGCUGAAGUUUUCCCCGAAGAUGUAGAUUUUGGGGUUCCAGAAGACUCUGAACCUGCAUCGGAAGCUCCAGUACUGAGCGAGGUGACUUCAAAAACUGAACACAUCCCUACACCAAGCUCUCCACCUCCAGCCAUAUUAGGAAGCGAUGCCGAAGUCCUGAGUGUUUCUCCAGAACCUUCUAUGAAAGCAGUUCCUUUGAAGGGAUUGCCUGUUAUUGAGGGGGGCAGUAAUACAUUAAAUCAACCAGAUUUCAGCCCGACUACAGCUCGUAAAGUGAAGCGACCGGCACCUCUGCGUCCCAGUAUCCCUCCACCUGCACAACCUCGAGUAUCCACCAAUAAUGAAGCCUCUGAUGAACUCCAGAGCCCCCGACCCAUACCUAGGAGGAUUGUUGGUGGAAGUCUUAGAGUACCAAACAUGCCCCCACCUCAUCCCCCCCAGCCAGCCAAGGGUCCUAAUGUGAAAUCAGAGGGAGGAGAUACAGAUCCCUCAAAGAGAGCCCCUCCACAGCCUCUGCCCAGGAACCGCAUUCAAUCUACAGAAACCUAGAGGGAAGGGAGUUCUACACCUAAAACUUGUAUUUACCCAGGCUGGGUCAUUCUGAGUGUAAGAGACUCAUAAUAGAAAUAUAAGAUGCUACAAUAUGUUAAGUACAUAACACAGAAUGUAAUAUGUGAUCCAGUGCAGUUUCCUGUACAGACGAGGUACUGGUUUCCACUUUCUUCAUGUAAACAUGGGACUGGCUCCUAUGAUCAUUAAAUAGUUUAUUGA